AUGGAGCAACCUGAUCCCCCCUCAGGCGCACAUCUGAUGGAGGAGUCCGACCUAGAGAUUCCAGGUGAAUUCCCAGCGGUGGAACGGCUCCAGAACUGCAUGUCGGAAGUCCUAAAACAAGAACCCGAGGAAUGUGAGCAGGCAAAAGGAGACAUUAGCAAAACCGCAUCCGAUUGUUCUGACGACACAAAGAUAGAAGGAAAUGAACUCGAAAGUCAACCGGCCUCGGAUGAAAACUGUGGCGGGAUGCCGUGUUCAAGAAAAGAGGAAAAGCCACCUCUCAUAAAUGAAGGAGCUUUAUUAGCCUCGGGGGAUGCGGUUGAAAGCCCCUCCUCUGUUGAAACUUCUGACAAAGACUGCAAACAGGAACCUUCGCCGCGGAGCCUCAACGGAUUAUUGCCUCCAUUAAUCCAAAGCACUUCCAAAAACUUAUCGAGCGCCACAUCCGGUAUCUCCAAUGGCCUCUCCGCCCCCGUUUCGGACACUGUCAACUCCUCUCCGGCCUCGGAUUCCACGUCCAGUCCGUACGACACGGACUGUAGCCGGAAGCUGAUUUCUCAGAUCCAGCGAACGCUGUCGCAGGAGUCUCUGCUUGACGAGCUGGAGACAGAGCUGAGGGAAGGGAGCUCUCCCGUCAACGGGCGAGACGACUGCAUCUCGGUCUUUGAGAAGUGUGUGCAGUACAAGUACACGCAGCAGGAAAAGUCCAUCCAAAGGUUGCUGGAGGAAAACAAGAGACACCAAGAUCUAAUCCUGGGCAUCUGUUCUGAGAAGGACAACAUGAAGGAGGAGCUAAAAAAGCGGGCGGAGACUGAAAAGCAGCACAUGAACACCAUCAGAAAAUUGGAGGGCAAAAUGGCGGAGCUGCAGAGGGAGCUAAAAGACACCCAGGACAAACUCAUUCAACAAGACCAGGCGGCCAAAGCCGGCCUGAUGCAAAUGCAAAAGGAGACCACCCACCGCUUGGAACAGGCCAACAGGAAGUGCGAGGAAGCUCGCCAAGAGAAAGAGAGCAUGGUGAUGAAAUACGUGCGCGGGGAGAAGGAAGCCCUGGACCUGAGGCGGGAAAAGGAGACUUUGGAGAAGAAGCUGCGAGAGGCCACCAAGGAAGUGGAGCGCCAAGCCCUUCGAGGGAACCAGCUGGCUCAAGAGCGAGGUCGACUGCAGCAGCUCUGCGACGCUAAGGAAGGCGAAGUCGGCCGGCUGGUUCGCGAGGUGGAAAAAUUAAAGGAGGACAACAACUCGCAUCUCAUCAAAGUCAAAUGGGCUCAGAACAAACUCAAGAGUGAGGCCGACGCCCACAAGGAGUCCAAAGACAAGCUGAAGGACGUCACAUCCAAGCUGACGCAAGCCAAAGAAGAGACAGAGCAGAUUCGCAAGAACUGCCAGGAUAUGAUCAGAACAUAUCAGGAAUCAGAGGAGAUCAAAUCCAACGAGCUGGACGCUAAACUGAGGGAGACCAAAGGAGAGCUUGCCAAGCACAAGCAGGAACAAACGGACCAAUUAGAGGUACACCGCGUGAAGGCCAAAGAGCUGGACGACCUGAAGAGGAGUUACAAGGAGAGCAUGGACGAGCUGGACACGCUUCGCACUAAGUUGAAGUGCCUGGAGGACGAGCGUCCGCGCUGGGAGGACGAGCUCGGCAAAUACCGGGAGAUCAUCAACAGGCAGAAGGCCGAGAUCGGACGUCAGAGAGACCUCUUGAAUAAGAUGGAGGAACUGCAGGAGCAGCAACAACGGGACCGAGAAGAACUGAAGUCCCGUUCCGACGAGGUGGACUCGUUGAACGCCCAGAUGCUCGACCUGCAACGCGACGUACAGGGAAGCAGGGAGCGCGAGGCCGAGCUGCUGGCCUUCACCGAGAAGCUGAGCGGCAAGAACGCGCGGCUUCAGUCGGAGAGCAACGCGCUGCAGUCCCAGGUAGAUCAGUUGACCGACAAAUUCGCCCAGCUGCGGGCCAGGCUGGACGAAACGGACAACGCGCUGGAACUUGAGUCGCGACGGCUGGAGCGGGAAGAAACUCUGAGGCGGCAGGAAGUGCACGCCCUGCAGGAGGAGAGGACUGCGUUGCUAGAGGAGCAGAGCCAGCUGAAGACGCGCGUGGACGAGCUGAGGGACGAGCUGGUCACGCAGAAGAGGAAGCAAGCGGCCAACGUCAAGGAUCUCACCAAGCAGCUCACGCAAGCUCGAAAGCGACUGGAGCAGGUGGAGAACGGAAGCUGCGAGCGCGACGGCGGCAGCAUGGGCAGCCGCUCCAGUUCCUCAGGUGCUUCACCCGGCUCGUUGAACACGCGGCACACGGGCGGAGGCGAGGAGCGCUCGCCGGAGAGCCACUCGGCGGCCGACAGCUUCCCGGAGGUGGACAAGGCGGUGCUGGUGGAGCGCGUCGUCCGUGUGCAGAAGGCGCUGGCUCGCAAGCAGGAGAAAAUGGAGUUCAUGGAGGAUCACAUCAAACAGCUGGUGGACGAGAUACGCAAAAAGACCAAAAUCAUCCAAAGCUACGUGCUAAGAGAAGAAUCGGGAGCCCUGUCGUCCGAGGCGUCCGACUUCAACAAAGCCCACCUGAGCCGGCGGGGCGGCAUCAUGGCCUCGCUGUACACGUCCCACCCGGCCGACAGCGGGCUGACGCUGGACCUCUCGCUGGAAAUCAACAGGAAGCUGCAGGCGGUGCUGGAGGACACGCUCUUGAAGAACAUCACUCUGAAGGAGAACCUGCAGACGUUGGGCGCCGAGAUCGAGAAGCUGAUAAAACAGCAGCGAGAACCCGCCAGGUAA